GGGCGAUUACCGCCUCUUCCGGGGCGGGCUGCAACGAGUUGAGAUUGCUCAGCUCCUCCGGCCCUGAUCUUCUACGCUCUCUGAUGCAAUGAGCUUCCUCAAAAUUUUCCCGCCGCCCGGGCCGGCUGAGGGGCUCCGGCAGCAGCAGCCAGACACCGAGGCUGUGCUGAACGGAAAGGGCCUCGGCACCGGCACCCUUUACAUCGCUGAGAGCCGCCUGUCUUGGUUAGAUGGCUCUGGAUUAGGAUUCUCACUGGAAUACCCCACCAUUAGUAUACAUGCAGUGUCCAGGGACCUAAAUGCCUAUCCGCAAGAGCAUUUGUAUGUUAUGGUGAAUGCCAAAUUUGGAGAAGAAUCAAAAGAAUCUGUUGCUGAUGAAGAAGAGGAAGACAGUGAUGAUGAUGAUGAACCUAUUACUGAAUUUAGAUUUGUGCCUACUGAUAAAUCAGCCUUGGAGGCAAUGUUCACUGCAAUGUGUGAAUGCCAGGCCUUGCAUCCAGAUCCUGAGGAUGAAGAUUCAGAUGAUUACGAUGGAGAAGAAUAUGAUGUGGAAGCACAUGAACAAGGGCAGGGGGAUAUCCCUACAUUUUAUACCUAUGAAGAAGGAUUAUCCCAUUUAACAGCAGAAGGCCAGGCCACAUUGGAGAGAUUAGAAGGAAUGCUUUCUCAGUCUGUGAGCAGCCAGUAUAAUAUGGCUGGGGUCCGGACAGAAGAUUCAAUAAGAGAUUAUGAAGAUGGAAUGGAGGUAGAUACCACACCAACAGUUGCUGGACAGUUUGAGGAUGCAGAUGUUGAUCACUGAAAAUGAUUUAUGCUGCGUUAAGAUUUUGCUCAUAACUGUAGGAGAGAACUUGGUUCCUCUUCCACUCUGGAGUGGGGUUGAUGAAAGCCUUUUUCCUUCUCCAAAACUCACCUGAACCAGUUCUCUCUUGAGAUAAAGUAUACUGAGACAGCAAGUUGUCACCAGCAGAAGAAACUAUGACUUUUAUUAACAAAGGUGAAUUAACUUAACCAAGAAGGUAUUUGUAGUUUGUCAUUUGCCCCCAAACCUUCUGUGUCUAGGUACCCUCUGAGUAGGCCUAUAAUUCCUGCCUUCACUGUAUGCAUCUUCUGUAAGCUAGCAGGCCUAUGUGGUGGACUGAGUGGAAAGAGAGAGGCUGAAGCUAAGAUACACCUCUUUGAGGCCCAAGGAUAUUGUUACCCCUAAAAAGAAAGACAAAGAGAUCUCAGAGGAAUCCUAGCCUCUGCUUAUUCUCCACAGGGCAAGAGUCUUUUACUAAUUUGGGGCCCACAUUAAUUCAGGCAUCUCUAGGAAGCCUCUUCAGAAACAGCCCAGCCACAUACUACCACUAACACAAGUACUUCUGACUAGUUUUUGCUCCUUUCACCAUGUUUCACUGGUCUAGGCUGUUAUAACCUCUUAGGUUAUACCUUUUAAUUUCCAGCCUCUUAGGUUAGAUUCUGUAACAGAACAAAUGAAACUGGGAUGAAGUCCUCAGAGUACUUCAAAUGAUAAUUGUUUUGUUUUUGUAAUAGCAUAACAAAUAAAUCUAGGUUUUUUUAUAUUA